GCAGGCCACAGUCACCUCACUCACUUGGGACAAAGAGGUUUUCAAUGCAUAAAAGCAGAUCUCCUUUAUUUCAUUAAAGUAAAGGACCAAGCGUGGGCUGUUUGUUAAGGAUUUGUGUCUAAAAUGGCAAAUAAAAUUCUAGAUCAAGCUCUGCCUCUUCCGUUAAUGCUCAAAAACUCCUACCCAAAUGAAACAGCUAUGCAAGAAAGCCUCUCGGGAAACAUUUCGGAAGCAUCCUCGCAUGACUCCUUCUAUGAUUCAUUCUCAGAUUUGAAUGAUGAGCCUGCCGAUGCCAAUUUCCCAGAACUCUCUGCCUUCCUUAGUCAAGAUGAGAUGAACAAGAGUCUUGACAUUGCACGUGAAGCUUUUUCUGGCUCUGAACAUGAGGAAUCAUUCCAAGAACAUUUUGCAAUCCCCGCUCCCUUAAAAACAAAGGAUAGUUUUAAGGAUCUUAAACUGAGCAACCCAGAAUCAUUACGAAAACAGGAUAAUAUAAUACGUAACAAUGUGCACAAUAACCAAAAUACUCUUCCUAUUACUUCCUGCAAAGUCGUUGCUACUGAUGUGCGUAAAAUGAUAUCACCAUUGUUAACAACUAGUCCAAGUAUAAUCAGAACUCUGCAAGCCCAAAAAGCUUCCAAAAACAUGGGCAAAUGUGAUAUAAGUAAAACACCCAUCCCAAAAACCAGAGCAAAAGCUUUCCAUGGGGAAUCUGGCACACAGAACAACGAGUGCACAAAGGCAGCUACUUUUAUUGAUGAGCUUUCUGCAAUAUUUCGAGAAACUACCAAAGCUAGAAACAGGAGGACAAACGGCGAUUCCUCUUCACCAGAUAGUGGUUAUCUGUCGCCUAAAAAAGACAUGCCGAUUAAUAUGACUUCUUCAGUGAAUGAAAACGAAGUUGAAAUUAAGCAGGAAUUAAAACCUAAAGAUAGACAAUGCAUUAAAGAGAUUAAGAACAGUUUUCAUGAAAUCCAGAGCCAAUCCAACCAGCCUGAAGAAAAGGUUAUCCAUGGUAGACAAUGUAUUAAAGGCAUGGAGAACAGUUUUCAGGAAAUCCAGAGCCAAUCCAACCAGCCUGAAGAAAAGGUUAUCCACAAUAAACAAUUUAUUAAAGAUAUGGAUAACAGUUUUCAGAAAAUUCAGAGCCAAUACAACCAGCCUGAAGAAAAGAUUAUACAGAGUAGACAAUGUAAUAAAGGUAUGGAGAACAGUUUUCAGGAAAUCCAGAGCCAAUCCAAACAGCCUGAAGAAAAGGUUAUCCACAAUAAACAAUUUAUUAAAGAUAUGGAUAACAGUUUUCAGAAAAUUCAGAGCCAAUGCAACCAGCCUGAAGAAAAGAUUAUCCAGGGUAGACAAUGUAUUAAAGAGAUGGAGAACAGUUUUCAUGAAAUUCAGAGCCUAUCCAAACAACCUGAAGAAAAGGUUAUCCAGAGUAGAGAGUGUAUUAAAGGGAUGGAGAACAGUUUUCAUGAAAUUCAGAGCCUAUCCAACCAGCCUGAAGAAAAGGUUAUCCAGGGUAGACAGUGUAUUAAAGGGAUGGAGAACAGUUUUCAUGAAAUCCAGAGCCUAUCCAACCAGCCUGAAGAAAAGGUUAUCCAGGGCAGAAAGUGUAUUAAAGGGAUAGAGAACAGUUUUCAGAAAAUUCACAGUCAAUCCAACCUGCCUGAAGAAAAGGUUAUCCAUGGUACAGCCAAUAAAUCAGUUAAUCCUCCGGCAGCUGCUCGAUUUAUUCAGAAGCUCAGAAGCCAAGAAGUUGCUGAGGGAAGUAGAGUCAAACUAGAAUGCAGAGCAACAGGAAAUCCGUUGCCAGAAAUUAGGUGGUUCUGUGAAGGAAAGGAGCUGAGUAACUCACCCGACAUUCAUAUCUCAUCUGAUAGCAACGGUCUUCACACCCUAGUCAUCGCAGAGGCUUUUGAAGAAGACACAGGACGAUAUACUUGUGUGGCAUCCAAUUGCCUUGGUUCUGACACAUCAUCAGCAGAAAUAUUUGUUGAAGGUGCCAGCUCAUCAGACUCAGAAAGUGAAAGUUUUGCUUUUAAAUCAAAACAAGGAGCAAUGCCGCAGGCACAAAAGAAAACAUCUUCGGUUUCCUUGACGAUAGGCCCAUCUUCUCCAAAAUGUGGUAUAACAACUGCAGUAAUGCAGCCAAUUUCCAUACCUGUUCAGCAGGUCAGAAGUCCUACAUCCUACCUAUACCAAGACAGAUCCAAGACACCCACUUUCUGUGCUCCAGCAUUUACAAAGGAGCUGCAAAACCUGACAGCAUCGGAGGGGCAGGUUGUAGUUCUGGAGUGCAGAGUGAAGGGAACACCCCCUGUAAAGGUCAAAUGGUUCAGACAAGGAUCUGAAAUACAGGAUUCACCUGACUUCAGAAUUCUACAGAAAAAACCUCGUUGUGCGUCGGAGCCUGAGGAGAUCUGUACCCUUGUCAUAGCUGAGACUUUUCCAGAAGAUGCGGGCAUUUUCACUUGUACAGCAAGAAAUGAUUAUGGAUCGGUUUCUUGCAGUGCUCAGCUAACAGUCCUCUCUGCAAACAAUACGCACACUAGAAAUAAUGUGUCAAGCGAAGAAAUUAGUGGUUACGAUUCCCAGAAGCCGUCGCCACUUUCUGCAGUUCCUAACAGUAGUUGUCUUGAAAUGUCAUCCAAGAAGAAUUCUGAGUGCUUUCAGACCAGCCAAACAGACUCAGAAGCCAACAUGGAAAAAAGUCACUUCCAGUUCUAUCCAGUGGAAAACAAUAGCAAUGGCUUACAUGCUAAUAAUGGAGUUAAUGGUGACAGCAAUAAUGUGGACAGCAAAUAUAUAUCUGUCACUUCUCCGUGCACAUUUUCGCCAGUCAAGGAACCACCCCCAGUGCCUGCAAAGCCAAAACUGGAUACUCAAAUAAUACAGCAGCUGCAGAACCAGAUACGUCUAGAGCAAGAAGGUGCCGUUUGGAAACAAGGAAGUGUUCAGCUAAAUACGCCACCAUCACCAUCUUUUCCUCCUCCACCGUCUUUCCAGGAGCUGGAGGCCAGUCAGCUUAUCACUUCCCCAGAGCAAAUGAAUGUCCUUAACUCACAUAAUUCUCCAAUGCAGCCAGCAAGCUCAUUCAACUAUGCCAGGCCUAAACAGUUUAUUGCUGCUCAGAACAUGAGCCCCACCUCAGGCUACAUUUCUCCAUCUUCUGGUUCCUCUACUUCUAGCCUACCAUCACCAAUGUCACCCUCAACUCCUCAGAAGCAAUUCGGCAGGGCUCCAGUUCCUCCUUUCUCUCAGCCAUUUCCCCAAGAGGGAGAACAGUUUUGGUCCCCAGCCUCAUCAUCUCCUCCGCCUCCCCCUCCUCCUGUUUUAAGUCCAACUGCAAAUUAUUCUGUUGUUGAUGCAUUUCCACUUCCACCACCUCCACCACCACCACUUCCAGUUUCUGUACUUUCACCUUCCUAUAGUCCAUCACCUUCACCAACUGGCAGAGCGCCCAAUUCCAGUCAGAGCCCAGCAGCUUUUAUCAGUUCCAUGCUGCCUACUCAGUCAUCACCAAUUACUUUCAAUGAACUUGGGCUUCCUAAAGGUGUAAUGCCUCCUGGUUUCCCAAAGAAAUCCAGCCGGACUGCUCGCAUAGCAUCAGAUGAAGAGAUACAGGGCACAAAGGAUGCUGUCAUACAAGAUCUUGAGCGAAAGCUUCGUUUCAAAGAGGAGCUUCUGAACAAUGGCCAGCCGAAAUUGACUUAUGAGGAGAAAAUGGCUCGUCGGUUGCUUGGUGCUGACAGUGCAGCAACAGUGUUUAACAUCCAGGAACCAGAGGAGGAUGGGAAUGCGCAGGAAGUUGACUCUCUUGAUGCUUCUGUAGAAAGUCCUCUUGACACUCAAAAGGAGUACAAAGUCUCCAGCUUUGAGCAGAGAUUAAUUAGUGAAAUUGAGUACCGUUUGGAACGAUCCCCUGUGGAAGAGUCUGAUGAAGAGGUAGAGCAUGGAGAUGAACCGGUGGAUAACGGGGAAGCCCCACAGUUUGAGACAAAGCUAAAACAUUACAAAAUCUUUGAAGGAAUGUCAUCCACAUUCACUUGCAAGGUUACAGGCAAUCCAAAGCCCAAGAUAUAUUGGUUCAAAGAUGGGAAACAAAUCUCAAAAAGAAGCGAACACUAUAGGAUUCAGAGAGAACCUGACGGAACCUGCUCCCUUCAUACCUCAGCCUCCUCAUUGGAUGAUGAUGGGAAUUACACUAUAAUGGCAGCAAAUCCACAGGGCAGAAUAAGCUGUACUGGGAGGUUGAUGGUACAAGCUGUAAACCAGAGAGGAAGGACUGCCCGUACUCCAACAUCCCAGCUCCAUGUUAGAAGACCUCGAUCUAGGUCAAGAGAUAGUGGAGAUGAAAAUGAGCCUAUCCAAGAGAGAUUCUUCCGCCCUCACUUCUUGCAGGCUCCAGGAGACCUCAUUGUUCAGGAAGGAAAGCUCUGCAGGAUGGACUGCAAGGUUAGUGGCUUGCCAACACCAGAUCUCAGCUGGCAACUGAAUGGGAGACCUGUCCGUCCGGAUAACUCGCACAAAAUGCUGGUGAGGGAGAAUGGCGUUCACUCAUUGGUUAUUGAACCUGUCACCACUAGAGAUGCUGGAAUAUACACCUGCGUUGCCUCAAAUCGUGCAGGGCAGAACUCAUUCACCUUGGAACUCAUUGUUGCAGCCAAGGAUGCCCAUAAACCCCCUGUGUUUAUAGAUAAGCUUCAAAAUACAGGCGUUGCGGAGGGAUACCCUGUGAGGCUGGAGUGCCGUGUCAGCGGGAUGCCCCCUCCACAGAUAUUCUGGAAGAAGGAGAACGAAUCGCUGACCUACAGCACAGAAAGAGUCAGCAUGCAUCAGGAUAACUAUGGCUACCUGUGCCUACUAAUUCAGGGUGCCACAAAGGAGGAUGCUGGUUGGUAUACUGUGUCAGCAAAGAAUGAAGCUGGUAUUGUGUCCUGUACUGCCAGACUGGACGUACACACUCAGUGGCAUCAACAGUCUCUUGCCCCAAAGACAAGAAAGGUACGUCCAUCAGCCAGUCGCUAUGCAGCACUUUCUGACCAAGGCCUGGACAUCAAAGCUGCUUUCCUGCCCGAAGCAAACCCUGUGCACUUACAGCCAGCACUGGUAGAAAGUGAAGAUCUGUAGACUGGAUGUGUGGGACCUUUACCAAGCGGCGGCCACAAAAGGAAUACACUGAAAGCUCCAGUCAUUGCCUGGCAAUACAGCCAUGUAUUUAGUCAGACAGACCUUCAGCUGUACUGAUAAGGACAUGCUAAACUCUGUAUUCACUUUUUGUAUAAGCAGACUAGAAAUAGGGAAUAGCAGGAAUAAAUGGCAGGGAAGUGUCACUUACUAUUCUGCUUUGUUAUAAAAAAAAAAGGGGUCCUUUCCUUACUAUGCACCCACAUCUCUGAGAAACAAGCCUUCUCAGUAUAAGCAGUGCCUUUUGGGCAGGGUAGCAGUGUUAAAUGCUUAGGGUUAGAGUGCUUCAAACACCAAACCACCCUUCCACAUCUUUAUGUGUGCCAAAAUAUAUUCAACCGCUACUAUACGUAAAGUCUGAGCAUAAUGCAUUUUACACCUUGUGUAUAUAAUGUUAUAGCAAUGUAGUUGCUUAAUUAGCGCCCUUUUUUGAUUCUGCCAUUACAUAAACAGUGAGACUCUCACUUAUGUAUACAAAGUCACAGAGCUAACAGCCAAUACACUGAGCUAAUGGCCGCCAUCCAGCUCCGGGGCCCUAACAUUGGCGAUGAUGAUUGAUGAUGGAGGGCAGUGCCUUCUGUCACUCUAGUGGCAAUAAAACCACCAGGAUGGGACAAUUCUGACUCCUUUAUGUGCAAUACUCUGGCAUUUGGAAAGCAAAAAAGGCUUAUGAACUUUUCAAACUUAGUUUUUUUUUUUUUUUUUUUUUUUUUAAACGUACGCAUUUCAUAUAGUUAUAAGUCACAUUAACAAAGAAGCAACUCGGAGCCUUUAAACAAAAGACAGGAGGUAAGAAAGUUCACAGAAUGGGUAACAAUACACCGGCCUCUUUCCACGGGGCCUCUAAUCUAAUGGAAAGUGCAAAAUGUGGGGGCUAAGACAUGAAAAAAACCCCAUGUUUAAAAUGAUGUAACCCAAUAAGGAAGCCGUAGUGGAGUAGUCUCAGGCAAGGUCAGUAGGAGAAAGAGCAGUGGCUACAUACGUGUAUAUAUUCUAAUCACUAGAAUAGGAAAGGAAACAGCACAAGCAGAGGAGUAGGUACAUUAGUACAAUAUUGCAAAAGCUUCAUGCAAGUGGAAAGAAUGGAUGUGUGGGGUAGGUCAGUCCUCUCUCAGUGAAUACUUACAGAACAGAUAAACGGAAGUAAGUAUGGCUCCUAAAUGAAAUCUAUUGGCUAACACUUUUUGUCUAUAAGUUAAUAUAGGGUUUCCUUUUUUUGUGCUUUCCAAAUGAAAUCAUGAACUUAUAUGGAAAUUUGCAGAUAUGUUAGAAUUGUGUAGACUGGUAGGCCCCGUGACACGGAACGUACGGCAGUGCUCAGAGCUGAAACACAUUGGCUCGGUCACUUGCUCGUAUUUAUUGACCUGCAGCAUCUCCUACAGCGGGGUCACAAAGUAUCUAAUAAAUAUAUUGUGUUGUUCAGCUCUUUCUGUAUGGUAAAAGGUGACUUGCUCAUAGGAGCUUGCAGUCUCAAGUGCUCAGAUUAGCACUAUUAUCACUUUAAACAGAACAGCGCAGUCUUGGCUAUACCAUAACCAAACAUUCAACCCCUAAACAAUUUCAUUACUAUGGAUGCCUUAAAAUACAACCGAAUAUGCUAUUGACGGUACGACAAGGAAGCCAAGAAAGGAAAACACUGUAUUCCGUGUAUGAAGCACAUAUAGCCUCUAUUAUUUAUAAUAAAUAUUGACCUGCUUUAUCUCGGUUACACUACAAAUGUACUUUUUGUUUUUCCUUUUUUUUUUUUUUUACACAUAUAUCAUUCACUAUAUGCAUUGCUGUAUAGAAACACAUUAGCUGUUUUAUUUAAUGCAAGUUAGUAGCCUAUAAUGUAGUGCAAUAGUUUAGUAGAAAGUCUGGUGCUAAUUUUAAACACAGUUAUAACAAGUUCAUAUAACACUUCUUAUUUACCACAUGCCAUCUACGUACAUGCCCAUGUUUACUAAACCCUAAUGCCGACAGAAGCUGGCCUGGCCAUACUUGUUACGUCUUUAGGUUUAACCCAGGGCUGUUCGAUUCCAGGCCCCAGGGGGCCUCGACAGCUCAGAUAUUAAGGUUUACAGUAACUAAAAGCCAGUUGGAAAUGACUGCAAUGCUAAUGACCUCAUUAUGAAGUGGGAAUAGAUUUGAAUUCCUUUAUUAUGAUGACCCUUGGCCUGGAUUUGUACAGCACUGUCAGGGAGUUACCAAAUCCAGCCAUGAGACCCCCAUCAAUAGACUUUUCAGUAUGCCACUAAUCCCAUUUUAGGUUUGGUGUCCAUUCCCAUUAAGUGUCGGUUGGCUUCCUAUUGGCCUUUUGCCCUAUUGUCUAAGUCAGUCCCAGAUACAAUAAAGUAUUACCAACCUAACAACAGAAAAUAAGGGCUACACAGACCCAGCUAUUUACAUGAAAAUAUGUGGUGAUGUCCUGAAAACCUCUGCUGUUGUGGGCCUCCUUAGGCGCAAUGCCAUUUUCAUGGGAAGAGCACCUUAAUGUCAUAGAAGGGGCAGGCUUUAUUUUCAACACAUAUUUUGUUUAAGGACUUAUACUGUAUAAUAACUGCAAUUAUGUUUAGGUCAUGGAAUCGCAUCACUUUUAGACAAGGGCCAUAGGGCUUUAUUUUCUAGUUUUAAUGUGGAAAACAGCUUGUCUUAUAACAUCUUGCAACUGCCUCUGUUAAUGUGACUUAUUUAGGUAAGGGUUGAUUUCACUAGCAUUAUUAUGCUUCCAUUUAUACGUAUUUAUAUUAAGUGCCACCGUCUGUUAGUAGGAGUAAUGUAACAAUUUGAGACUGUUCAGAGUUUAACAUGAAUGUGUGUUAAAUACCAUGGACAAAUGUUUUUUUUUUGUGGGGAAGGUUUUUAAGAAUUGCUAUGCAAGGAUUUAAAUAAAGAUUGUUUCUUCAAACUG